AUGGAUCCCACUUCCCAAACAUCCAAAGCCCACCGCCCCACCACCACCACCACCAAGAUCGUCAGCAGAGAUCCUCCUCCAGCGAAACCCAAUGCUAGUAGUAGUUCAUCUUUUAUGUCCAAUUACUUGUCUUCCAGACUCCUAAACCCAUCUCACUUCCACCAAUCCAGCAACAAAAACCCAACCCCACCUUGCCUAGAUUCCCAUUUGCAGGCCAGAGCCAUGACCGCUUCUGCUGAUUUUGAAGCUUCUUCCAGGUUCCCUGCCGCUAAAGCCAAGUACUACUACGCCCAACAGAGGAGACCCAGUGAUGGCAGAAGUGACAAGGAGACCCUGAAAAGGGUCGUUGGAAAGCAAGAAGCUUUACCCAAGGGGAGGGUUAAGAAGCAGGAUUUGGAUUUGGGUUUGGUGGUGGUGGAGGAGAAGAAGAAAGUUUUGGUUGUCAGUGAGAAGACCAAGAAGAAGAGCAGCAGUAAGAAUGAUGAUGUUGAUGAUUAUGAGAGUGGGAAGAAGGAAAUGAGGAAGGAAAUGGAUUUGUUGUUGCUUGAAGGGGUUGAUGAUGUUAAGAGGAUGUCAUCGUUGGUGUUGAUCCAUGCCAUUGAUUGUGCCAGGAAGACUUGUGAUAGUCUCGAGAAGUUCGCUGCCAAGACCCUAGCUCUCACUCUCAAGAAGGAGUUUGAUGGUGUUUAUGGUCCGGCAUGGCAUUGCAUCGUAGGGACAAGUUUUGGGUCCUUUGUGACCCAUUCAGUUGGUGGGUUUCUCUAUUUCUCAAUGGACUCCAAAUUAUAUGUCCUCUUGUUUAAGACUACGGUCCAGAGAGCAGCAGAUUCAGUUGAAUGAUUGGAAUUAUAGAUUAGAUUUGUUUAGUGGAGCUGAAAGGAAAGAAAGAGCUGGGCCAGAAGCUAAAAAGAACUGCUGUCUCCUUCUACAGAUCUGUAUUGUGAGGAUUGUUUUUUUGUCUCUGGCUGUAGAAACUAGGAAAGCAGCAAAGCAAAUAUGUGAAUAUGAUGUGAAAAGUUUUCACCUUUUCCACCCUUGUUUCAAGGACCCUCCCAUCUUUCUUCCAAGUUCUAUCACAAAGUUCUCCCAGCUUUCGUGAGUAGUUUCGCAGGCCGAAAUUUCUGUAUCUUUCUCUCCCUGGCCAGUGGUCACCUAGUUGCUGUACAAGUGAAUGCAAAGCAUGGCAACCUCUUCUUCUUUCAAUGUUUGUGAUGAAUAGAUUAUUAUAAUAACAUGACAGAAGCUGACUCGAACUAGUUUACAUGAUCUGCUGAUGGC